AACCUUGUAAGGGGAUGAUUUAGGUGUGGAAGACCUAUUGGAUGAUUUCGCAGGAGAGCCUUUUGGGCCUUUAUGAUUAAAAUUUGGAAACACAUCUCACAAACUGACUCAUGAUUCAAAAACAUUCAAAAACCUAUUCUGUCCAUUUAUUUCUUUUUAGAACAGGAGCAGAAGAAAAACUCCUGAGGAAUUAUUUUCAGCCAUAGAAUGCCCACUUUUUUUUCAGCAAUGAAAAAAAUCCAUUGUAGAAUCCUGUAAUUAACUGAAGUCAUAUAUAUGACUGGAGACAUCACUAUUCCUUGCAAAAUGCCCUUGUCAGCUCAUGGAAUUCUGCUUACUGCAUUUUAUCUUCCACGCUUCAAUUGGGGCAGAAAGAUCUUUAACAUACUGCUACUAUGCAGUAAAGCUGAAAUGCUGAUGGAAAGCACAGGUAGGUGUGUGCUCAGUCUAAAGUACUCACAGCCUGUGUAGGAAGGGACAAAUUAAAAGAAAUGCCUAAAGCUCUACCGAUACUAAGGAGCUUGGAGCUUGUGAUCUCUCAUAGCCUAUCUCUAAGGAAGAUAAAAUAAUGAAAAAAAUACUUGGCUAAACUGCUGGUAAAACUCUUAUUGUUUGUACCACUUCUGGAAAAAGACCCUUGGGACCAGCAGUGGAAUCCUGGCUAUUGAUUGGCUGGUUAAAUAGAGGACUAUUAGCUUCAGACAGGCUAGAUUGAUUAUACAGCAGCAGAAAGAGCUGAGGCUCAGAGCUGAGUGAACGUCAGGGUGAGGGAGGGAGGGGGGAUUGAGAGAGAGAGAGAGAGAGAGAGAGAGAGAGAGAGAGAGAGAGAGAGAGAGAGAGAGAGAGAGAGAGAGAGAGCAGAGAAGGCAGAGAAGCAAGCUGUCUGCAGACUAGAGCAUCAGUAUGGAACUGUCGGUGCCUGAGAAUUCUGAUACCCAGCUUCCACAGUGAACAAGUUACUAAGCUACCUUGCAAGAGGAUGUGAGCCCCGAGUCUCUGCAAGAGAAAACUGACUGGAUUUUUGGAAUAGUUCACCUUACUCCUACAUCUUUGGGGAAGAGGUGUUUUUUUUUUUUCUGAUAAAAAUAUAUGUACAUAUUUCAAGCCCUAUUUCCAACCUUUCCAUGCCCCAGCAUUGAAUACAUAUAAUUUGAGCCUCCAGUCCCUCUCAAAGAUCAUUGCUACUGAAUGGUGGAAGGAAUUGUAAUCUGUUUCCCUGGAUGGAAAAGCCACAUCAACACUAUUAAAGACCCCAGAAGAAUAGAAGAAAUAAAAUGGAGUGUGGAUUGUUUGUUUAUACUUCAGGUGACUAUUAGGAAGCUUGGAGAAUUAAUUCAUGACAUUAAUUAAAAAUUCUGAGGAUUUAAAAGGACAUUCCCAGAUAUUGUUAGAAGAUCUGACUACUGUACACUCUACUCAGAUAUCACACAGAAACCUUUAAGGAUCGAACUCAUUUAUAUUACUUUCCCUGGGAUCUUUUCUUGCUUGGUUCAGUUUUCUUCUAAGGACAUAAUACAAACCAACUUCAUCAUUUCUGAAAAUACAGCUGCUGAAUUGGGCACUAUGGAGACACUGAGCAGAAACCAGGACAUUGACUUCUAGUUGCUCAAGCUGGGCACUUUUACGUUUAGAUCACAGAAGCAGUAGGUGGGGAACCUGCAAGACCGCAGCCUCAGUUGCCAGAAUUGGUUGAUGGAUUGACUUAUCGCAAAUUCACAAAAAUAUCAGGUAGAAAAUGAUUGGAUGUGAAUAUCCAUUGUGAAGACUUGGACAACUACAACUUUGUUUUUUAAUACCAUUUCAGGAUGUAAAUAUGGUUUGACCUUUCCCUAAUGGGUAGUUAAACCAUGGACAAGUUAAAAAAUUCAUUUUGGAUUGUUUUUCCAAACGAGACUUCACCUUCCUCCUUCAGUGCCCAAUAAGGGAUUACAGUUGACAAGGGAAAGAAAGAAAAUCCUUGAACUGGAAAGUUAUCCUACAAUGAGAAUUACGAGUACUUCUUGCAUCUGCCCAGUCCUAGUUUGUCUCUGUUUUGUGCAGAGGUGUUAUGGGGCUGCUCACCAUAGCUCCAUCAAGGUGACCAGGAAUCAAACCAAGCAUAUAGAGGGUGAAACAGAAGUCCAUCAUCGCCCCAAACGUGGAUGGGUGUGGAACCAAUUCUUCGUUUUAGAAGAACACAUGGGACCAGAUCCUCAAUAUGUGGGAAAACUACACUCCAAUUCUGACAAAGGUGAUGGAUCAGUCAAAUACAUCCUUACAGGAGAAGGGGCUGGGACAAUAUUUAUCAUUGAUGACACCACAGGAGAUAUUCAUUCAACCAAAAGUCUAGAUCGAGAGCAGAAGACCCACUAUGUCCUGCAUGCCCAGGCAAUUGAUAGAAGGACAAACAAGCCUCUUGAACCUGAGUCUGAAUUCAUCAUCAAAGUACAAGACAUCAAUGACAAUGCACCUAAAUUUACGGAUGGACCAUACAUCGUAACUGUGCCAGAAAUGUCUGACAUGGGUACCUCUGUUCUACAGGUGACAGCUACAGAUGCAGAUGACCCAACCUAUGGAAAUAGUGCUCGAGUAGUGUACAGUAUUCUUCAAGGACAGCCAUAUUUCUCUGUGGAUCCCAAAACAGGAGUUAUAAGGACUGCACUGCAUAACAUGGACAGGGAAGCCAGAGAACACUACUCUGUGGUCAUUCAAGCCAAAGAUAUGGCUGGGCAAGUUGGAGGCCUUUCAGGGUCCACUACCGUCAAUAUUACACUCUCAGAUGUCAAUGACAACCCACCUAGAUUUCCACAGAAGCACUAUCAGCUGUAUGUUCCUGAAUCAGCUCAAGUUGGUUCAGCUGUAGGAAAAAUCAAGGCAAAUGAUGCUGAUACUGGCUCAAAUGCUGACAUGAAAUACACAAUCAUCAAUGGUGAUGGCAUUGGUGUGUUCUCCAUAUCAACUGACAAAGAGACAAGAGAAGGCAUUCUUUCCUUGAAAAAGCCACUGAACUAUGAAAAGAAGAAGUCCUACACCCUCAACAUAGAAGGAGCAAAUACACAUCUUGAUUUCCGAUUUUCUCACUUGGGCCCAUUUAAGGAUGUCACCAUGUUGAAGAUCAUCGUGGGAGAUGUUGAUGAACCACCACUCUUUUCGAUGCCUUCCUAUGUUAUGGAUGUUCAUGAGAAUGAGAAGAUUGGAACAGUGGUUGGCACAGUGGCUGCUCAAGAUCCAGACAGUGCUAAUAGUUUAGUAAGAUAUUUCAUUGACCACCAUGCUGAGGAUGAUAGGUUUUUCAACAUUGAUGCUAAUACUGGAACCAUUAAGACUGCAAAAGUCCUUGAUAGAGAGGAAACACCAUGGUACAACAUCACAGUUGCUGCAUCAGAAAAGGAUAAUCCUAGCUUGCUGAGCCAUGUUGCUGUUGGCAUUAGAGUCCUGGAUGUCAAUGACAAUCCACCAGAGCUUGCUAAGGAGUAUGAUAUUAUUGUUUGUGAAAAUUCUAAGCCUGGCCAGGUUAUACACACAAUUAGUGCUACUGAUAAAGAUGAUUUUGCAAAUGGACCAAGAUUCCACUUCUUUCUAGAUGAAGGUCUGGCUCUGAACCCCAACUUCACACUGAAGGACAAUGAGGAUAACACAGCCAGCAUUCUGACAAGGCGGAGGAGAUUUAGUCGAACUAUUCAGGAUGUGUAUUAUCUCCCUAUUAUGAUCUCUGAUGGUGGAAUCCCCUCUCUCAGCAGCAGCAGCACCCUCACCAUCAGGGUAUGUGCAUGUGAGAGAGAUGGGCGUGUGCGGACCUGCCAUGCUGAAGCCUUCCUGUCCUCUGCUGGCUUAAGUACAGGAGCCUUAAUUGCAAUUCUUCUCUGUGUCCUCAUUCUCUUGGCCAUUGUGGUUCUCUUCAUCACUCUCAGACGCAGUAAGAAAGAGCCACUGAUCAUUUCUGAGGAGGAUGUGCGGGAGAAUGUCGUCACCUAUGAUGAUGAAGGGGGCGGGGAGGAAGACACGGAAGCCUUUGACAUCACAGCCUUGAGGAACCCGUCAGCUGCCGAGGAGCUGAAAUACAGAAGGGAUGUUCGGCCGGAAGUGAUGUUUACACCGCGACACCAGCCUUCUUCCGCUCUUGACAGUAUAGAUGUUCAGGAAUUUAUUAAACAAAGACUGGCAGAGGCCGACCUCGACCCCAGUGUCCCUCCCUAUGACUCUCUACAGACAUACGCUUAUGAGGGUCAUAGAUCUGAAGCUGGGUCCAUCAGCUCCCUGGAUUCAGCCACGACACACUCAGACCAGGAUUACAAUUAUCUUGGCGACUGGGGGCCGGAGUUUAAAAAGUUAGCUGAACUCUAUGGAGAAUUAGAAUCGGAAAGAACAAGUUAGGGAUGAGCACUCUUGGAAUUGGCUUCCUGGGCAACUGGAUAUAUAAGCUCAAGUAAUGGGAACGCUAAGGGAUGGCAGUAGUGCUGGAAACUGAGCAAGCCUGUACACAGUCUCUAUAGAAACAAGUGCCCUUUUCAUGUUUGAAACUGGGUUCUUUGAUGGGAAGAAAGUCAAAUUUUGAAAAUACAGAGAAAAAAAGAAGCUAUUGUUCCUUGUGUAUAUUUUUUAAAUGCUCAAUAAAGUCUGUGGUACCAUUUCAUUAACAAUACCCUAAAUAAGCCAAACAAUGACAUUUUAUUGCAAUAUGUUUUCUUUUUCUCUCCUAAAUCUUAUCUGAAGGCAGAUGAAUCCAAACGCUCCCAAUAACUAAUGUGUAAUGUUUGUAGAGGUGGUACCUUGGAGUGUGAAUCUAAAUGGAGAUGAGCCUUGUAUUUCCAGUUCUCUGGGAUAACUGGAGAAAGCCCAGACUGAGACUUUAGCAGGCACCCUGCUGAAAUGGCAGACCUCAUCAUUUCUCACCCCACUUGGGCCUUCAAUUAAAUUGAACAAAGCACCAGGCUUCCCUGAAGUGGACUUGUAUGCCUAGUUCCUUUCUGCCCUCCCCUCGUCUUCUCUCCAUAAGAAAAUGAUGGAGCAUGGGGAUUUGCUGCCUGUACUGUUAUGUAUGCAACUUCUGAGCACCAAAUGUGCACUGUUGCGGAGAGCGGAGACUUGUCUCUGUUACCUUUUUUCUUCUUUCUUUUUACCUUUUUUUUUUAACUGGAGAGUUUCUUUUUUCCCCAAGAUAGAAUGAAUGAUUUAAAAGUUAUUGUAUACUCAGUGAAGCAGAGGAGGCAUGGGCAGACUUCAGGAAAACAACAAAGAAAGGGAAUAUUAACCUCUUCCACUGUUUGGGUAACUUGGUUUCUGGGUUCAGUGACUAGUAACCAGUUCUAUGCUGCACACUGUAUUGAGAAUUAAAUAUCAUAAAAAAAAUGUUUUUUCCCCUAUUUCAGAUUAAUAAGUUUACUUGUGAGAAAAUAUAAUUAGUAAAAAUAGAGAAUGUUGGGCCUCAUGUUUGUUAGUUAGUUAGCAUUUUUUUAAAAAAAAGAAAACAUUCAUUUCCGCAAUAAAAGAGGAAAAAAUUCAGAACUGCUAAGUUAAUAUAAGUUGGACAGAACUCCAAUUGGCAGUCACACAUAUCUUUGUUGUUUUUCUACUCUCUUCAUCCCUGCGGUGCCUUCUCUUAUAUUCUAAUUCUUUUCAUGUUCUUCCCCUUUUAUUUUCUUUCUAUUUUCGAGCAUCUUGAGCUCACUAAAACCAAGAAGAGGAAAUAAACAUAGAAAGAAGUUUUAUCUUUGUGCAUAAUAUAAAGAUCAUUCAAAUUCAUGUAGAUGAUUAAAUUACUCUAUAAAACUCAUGAAGAUGGUUAAUGAGAUAAGUGAUGAAAAAGACUUCAAAGUAUUUAAUAUUUAGUUAUAAUAGCUUCCUGGAGUUGGAAGGGACCUGAAAGAAUAGAAACCAGAUACUUUAAAUUAACUUUCAAUUAUAGGUUGGAGGUCUGGUCAAAAGAGGUAAUGAUCAAUAAUACUAAGGCUUCUCCCCUCCUCUUGGUCUGUCUCAUAAUUUAUAUGCCACAUAAUUUUGUUCAGAAAAAUAUUGGAUUGGCAAAAAAUGCGUGUGUGGGUGAGGAAGAGAAGAGAUUCAAAUAAUAAUGAUGUAAAUAUUAUGAGAUUAAAAGAACAAGGAUAGAGUUUGUUUUAGGGGUUUGAUGACUUCUAUGGUUUUCUCAGAUCUAGAAUGUUCUGAUUUUUAAUUUUUCAAGAUAUAAAAUUGGGUUUGUCAUUUAUCUAAACCUACACUGUAUUUUAUAAUUAAUUUUUUCAAGUUAUAUUCUGCCUUACAUUCUCUUGCUCCCCAUUAAGAAUUUAGAAAUGAAAAGCCACCAGUCAUGAUAAAGAUAAAUGACCCAAUGCCACUAUGUAGGAUAUCGAGAAUAUUGAAACAAUUAAUAUAUUUUCUGAAGGCUGACCUUACAUAUUAGAAGCUCCUCCUAUAAACUAUUAAAAUCUCUUACUAAGCAAAAAUUUUGAUUAGUUCAAAUUUUUCAAAAUUUCCCUGCAAACUCAAUACACACACACACAGGCACAGGCACAGGCACAUACACCCUCCUGCACCCCAACUCCUUAUCUGAAAGUAAAGGUAUGGUAUAUGGUACAUUGGAAAGCACCUUGGACUUGGAGAUAAAAGUUCUGGGUUCUCUCAGCUCUGUUAUUUAUGCAGCCUUGAACAAGUCAUUUAAACUUCCAGCCUCAGUUUCCUCAUCUGAAAAAUGGGGAUAAUAAUACCUAUCUAUUCUGCCUACCUCACAGGGUUGUUGUGGGGAUAAAAUAACAUAUGAAAGUGCUUUGUAAACUGUAAAGCACUAUUAAAAUAUAAGGUAUUAUUAUGAUUAUAUUUUGUCAGAGCAAUUGUCUACUUCUGAUUGGCCUAUGAUGCUUCCAAACACACGCACGAACACACGUGCAUUUCAUGCAUUUAUAUAUAAAAAUAUAUGUGGCUUUAUAUUUUUACAACAAAAUAUAUAUUAUUCAUGGGACACCCUCAUGGAGCAGUCAGGAGUGGGGAGGUAUUAUCUAAAUAUUUCUAUUUAGAUAGAUCUAGAUACAGAUAACAGAUUCUAACAUUUCAGCUUUCUCCUAACUAAGAUGAUUUUUCUUUUGAAUUUGUAUUUUUUCCUGAUUGUUUCAAAGCCUUGUAGGCAUGGACUAUUAGUAUGUAUUCUUUGACAAUGGACAAAUCUAAGUAUUUCACAACAGUGGGAGAAACCCUUGUAUGUCCACCAAAACAACAUAAGCUAUAGAGGGAGUGUGUUUUUCCCUUUACUCUUUUUAUGGAUCACAGCCAAGUGCCCCAAUAAACUGGCAGAUGUCAGUCGGCUUUCUGAUCCUACCCUUGUGCAGACUAUUGGAUUUAGCAUUUGCUUCUGAAACUGCCCAGUGCUAUUAUAUUAAAGUUUGGAGUUUGGGGAACCAGGUAAAUUUAAUUUGAAUAAUUCUCAAUUUGUGUUUCAAGGCUGAGAAAUAAAAUGUAAUUUGGGUUUUUGCACUGUC